AUGGCCCGGUUCUCCAACAAGGUUGUAAUUGUUACUGGUUCCAGUAACGGGAUUGGAAGAGCUACAGCAAUAAGUUUCGCAAAAGAUGGAGCUAAAAUAACUAAGUCAGAAUGCAUAAAAGCUGGGGCAAAAGAGGACGAUCUGUUAGCAAUAAUUGGUGAUAUAACCAUGAAAGAAGUUCAAGACAGACUUAUCAAUGAGACAGUCCAGAAGUUUGGCAAAUUAGACAUUCUGGUGAACAACCAUGGAGGUGCUUUUCAAGAACGCGACAGUGAAGGAAACUAUGAUACUGAUGCGUUUGACAAAACUAUUGAUCUUGACUGCAAAAGCGCCCUUGUAAUGAGUGGUAAAGCGUUGCCACAUCUGAAAGUCACAAAGGGGUGCAUCGUGAAUGUUGGCAGUGUAGCCUCUAAAAUAGCGGUUCUACCCUUAAUGUUUCACUCGAUUGCGAAAGCAGCUUUAGAUCAUAUAACUAGGAUUAUGGCUUUACAAAACGCCAAGGAUGGAGUUCGAGUGAAUGCUGUUAAUCCUGGGCUUGUGAAGACAAGUAUUUUUAAAAAAAUGGGAAUGUCAGAUGAAACUGCAGAUACGUUUCUUAAAAUUACAAGUGAAGAAUGUAUUCCAAUCAAACGUUAUGGUAUGCCAGAAGAUAUAGCAAAUAUGAUAACAUUUUUAUGUGAUAACGAAAUGGCUGGUUUUAUCACCGGUCAAACCAUAGCUGUUGAUGGUGGUUCGACGCUGACAAAUGCCGGGUAUAACAAUCCACGUCUGGCACAAGUUAUGAAGCAGUGA